AUGUCCGCAUUCGUAAAAACACGUGAUUCCGCGCUAAAUGCUAUAAAAAGGUACAUGACCAAGAGCAACGACGAAGCAUUUGUGUUAGAUUUAGAAAAUGUCGAAAGUUAUCUGCAGUUAUUAAAUGAGCAGUGGGUACGAUUUAAGACAGCCCAAGAUGAAGUCGAGCUUUCUUGUGGUGCAGAUAACAUCGAUGUCGAACAGACCGCGCGCAUCCAGGCCGAGACCUGGUACGUUACAGCGCUAUCACAAUUUAGGCGUGUACAGAAGUGUAGAACCGAAUCAGUUGCGAAUUCUACAAAUCCGCAUCCCACUGUGUCAGCAGCAAUUAAACUACCUAAAAUGGAACUUCCAUCCUUCGCGGGCAAUUCCACUGAGUGGAUCGCCUUCUACGACGCUUUUGUUACCCUCGUAGAUUCUAACUCUUCAUUGUCAGGUGGUCAAAAGCUACACUACUUAUGUAGCUGCUUAAAGGGUGAUGCGCUUAGCAUUAUCAGCGGUUUCCAAAUUUGCGAUGCCAACUAUACGGAGGCAUGGAAUCUUCUAAAGUCGCGAUAUAAAGUUAUGCGAGUUAUUGUCGAAGCGCACUUUCGGGCGAUUGCAGAGAUACGUAAAGCGACGAGCGACACUGCUGACUCCAUUAAGAACGUGUUGAAUGCAUUCCAACAACACAUAAGGGAACUUAAGGCUUUAGGGCGACCAGUGGAUUUUUGGGACGAUUGGUUAGUACAUGAAACUGUAACCAGACUCUCCUUCGAAACUCGCAAACAGUGGGAGUUGUUACUCACUAGCGACGAUCCUCCUACCUUCGAAGACCUUUCGUCCUUUUUGGAAAUAAGGUGUCGCUCAUUAUCGAUGAUAUCAACGCCAGCAACCCAGUCAUGGCCAGGAAAACCGAACAAUCAAAAAUUGGUCGGAAAAUCGGCAAAGGUUUUUCAUGCCACCGCAGAUCAAUCGCGUUGUACGUAUUGUAACGCAGGUCACAGAAUUUAUUCUUGUGAAAAAUUCCGUAGUUUAGAUGCAAACGCUAGACUCAAUUUUGUGAAAGAUUUCAAGGCGUGCUUAAACUGCUUAAGUACCGGACAUUUUAAGGAACGCUGCAAUAGCGCGUCUUCCUGUCGAAUAUGUCGGCAGCGCCACCAUACAUUGCUUCAUAGUUCGCCAGAGGCAUCCACCUCUUCCCACGUCGUCGACUCACCCCGCACCGCUGCAGGUACGUUACCCGCCGCUAGCUUGCUCCCGCAAACCGCUGUCACAUCCGCCUCCGCUUGCCUUAAUUCCAAGGUUAACCCAAUGCAUAAACCACAAAACGCUGUGUUGCUAUCAACCGCCCUAGUAAAGGUACGUGAUUCUGCUGAUCGAUGGCAGAAUGCUCGCUUAUUAUUCGAUUCAGGUUCUCACGCCACAUUCAUAACUGAGGCAUGCGUACAACGUCUAGGUCUAGCUCGCAAAUCUUCGUCCAUAUUUGUAACGGGAAUUGGCGCUUCUCAGGGUGGCCGUUGCAGAGGCGAAACGACGUUAUUCCUUUCUUCGCGACAUUCAAGUGAAUGCUACCCCAUCAACGCAUUAAUUUUACAAAAGAUUACGGGCGAUUUGCCGUCGCAGAGUUUAAGCGUUCCUGAAUGGUCUCACAUCAAGGGACUGUUCUUAGCUGACCCGCACUUCAUGGAACCCGGCCGUGUAGACAUCUUAGUGGGCAUGGACUAUAUGGAUCGAUUCAUUUUAACUGAGCUGCGUAAAGGCCCACCUGGCACGCCAAUAAUACAGAAAACAGUCUUUGGCUGGACGUUGUGUGGAAACGUAGAUACAUCCGUUCCACCCGCAAACCAUAUACAAUCAUUACACUGUGAUGUACAUUUAGAUAGAGCAUUGGCUAGAUUGUGGGAACUUGAAGAAGCGCCGCAAACACGAUAUCUUACCCACGAGGAGCGGUACUGCGAAGAACAUUUUGAAUCAACUCAUAUUAGGAAGCCGGACGGACGCUUUGUAGUGGAGUUGCCACUCAAGAUCGACGUGCCAUUAGGUGAAUCAAGGAGUCUCGCCGUACGAAACUUAUUACGCAUGGAGCGCAGAUUUGCCGGUGAUCAGGAUCUGUGGACACGCUAUAACGAAUUCAUGCAGGAAUUAAUUGAAAUGGGUCAUAUGGAGGUCGUGCCUAAAACGAACUAUGCUAAAUAUUAUAUGCCACACCAUGCUGUCGUAAAGGAGUCCAGCGUUACGACAAAAUUGCGAGUUGUGUUUAACGCGUCUGCUAAAACCACAACGGGGAAUUCCCUCAACGAUGCGCUUUAUGUUGGUCCUCAAUUACAAGAAGACUUGUACUCCAUACUUUUGCGCUUUAGAAUGCACAAAUUCGCAGUAACUGCAGACGUUGCAAAAAUGUAUCGACAAAUCUGUGUUUCAGCUAAACAUGUCGACUUACAUCGAAUUGUUUGGCGCUCUAACCCAUCUCUACCUAUUACAGAUUACCGCAUGCUACGCGUAACUUAUGAAAUUGCGUCCGCCUCGCAUUUGGCUGUCAAAUCGAUGCAACAAACCGCGAAACAAUCUUCCAAUACUUUUCAGAAAGCAGUCGACGUAAUUCUUAAAGACUUUUACAUGGACGAUCUUCUCACUGGUGCGUCUAGCAAGUCGGAACUUAAAGCAUUGCAGCGAAAUGUGUCCGAUAUUCUACGGGAAGGUGGGUUCGAGUUAAGAAAAUGGGCAUCAAAUUGUACAGAGCUAAAUGAGACUAUCGCUAGAGAAUCCAAGAACAUAUCACACUACACCGUAGAUGGCAACAAUGUACAUGCUCUGGGACUAAUUUGGUAUAUGGAAGAGGACUAUUUUACAUUUUCCAUUUCUCUAGGAGAACCGCCCCACGUCUUAACUAAGAGAGCAUUUCUGGUCGAUGCCAGCAAACUUUUUGAUCCAUUGAGUUUACUUUCACCCGCAACAAUCAGGUCGAAAAUGUUGUUUCAGGACAUCUGGCGUUCCAACACUGGAUGGGACGACCCAGUACCAGAUACGAUAGGCAAGGUGUGGCUUGAUCAUCGUUCGCAAUUACAACUUUUAUCUGAACUUAAGGUCAACCGUUGGGUUGGAGUCGGGACGAUAGGCUCAUUUACUGAGUUGCACGUUUUUGCCGACGCUUCCGAGCGCGCCUAUGCCGCAGUCAUAUAUGCGCGCACUGUACAUAGGGAUGGUCACAUUACAAUCGGCUUAAUUUCAUCAAAGACUAAAGUUGCCCCGCUAAAAACAACAACGCUACCUCGCCUCGAGUUGUGUGCUGCACAUCUCGCCGCAAAAUUGGUCAAGGCCGUCAUGCAAAGUUGGAAGGAUUUUUGCUGUCCACUGGUAGCAUGGACAGAUUCCACCAUUACGUUGGCGUGGCUGCAAGCACAUCCUAAUAAAUGGGAAACAUUCGUCGCAAACCGUGUCGCCUAUAUUCACGAGGUCCUGCCUCCCGAGUGCUGGAACCAUAUACGCUCUGAAAGCAAUCCUGCGGACUGCGCAUCCAGAGGUAUAUCUCCGCUUCAACUUAUGCAUCAUGAGUUAUGGUGGUUCGGACCUGACUUCUUACGCGAAGAGGAACAGUUCUGGAAGCAGCCCGCGCAAAUAAUGCAUAAAACCGAAAUAGGCUUACGAAAAGUUAAGGCUUGUAUCGCAGUUACUGACGUUUACUGGUCGGUCAUCACAAAAUACUCAUCUUAUUCGAAAUUAAGAAGAAUUAUCGCUUAUGUAUUGAGAUUUGUACACAAUACCCGCUCUAGCUCGCUUGGAAUCAAUAACAAAAAAACGUGGUUUCCUAAUUGUCAGGAGUUGCUGGAAUCCGAGCGAAGAUUAAUCAGGUAUACACAAAAUUUCUAUUUUUCUAAUGAAAUACGUUGUUGCAGGGAAAAAAAGCCAAUUAAACUGCGUAGUAGUUUGCUGCGAUUACAACCGUUUCUCGAUUCGUUUGGAAUCCUUCGUGUUGGAGGUCGGCUGAAAUCCGCAGAUAUUGCAAAUGAUGUCAGACACCCCGUUAUACUGCCAAAAAACUCUCCGCUUUCAAAACUCGUUGUUUUGGACAUACAUCACUACACGCUACAUGCAGGCCCCCGUAUAAUGCAAGUGAUCCUGCAACGCCGGUAUUGGGUCGUUGGUGCCCGCAACUUAAUUCGUAAUAUCUAUCGCAAAUGUGUAAAACGUACCGCUUUAAAUCGCAAGCUCGCAACACAAUCAAUGGGUGAUCUUCCUUCGUCCCGCAUAACGUACGCUCGCUGCUUCGUUCGUACAGCAGUAGACUUUGCUGGUCCUUAUAUGUUCAAAUUUACGCAUGGAAGAGGAGUUAAAUCCGUAAAAGGUUAUAUAUCUUCAUUUGUCUGCAUGUGCACAGGUGCAAUGCACCUCGAGUUUGUUGGAGAUCUCUCAAGUUCUUCGUUUCUAAACGCUUUUAAACGAUUCAUCAACCGCAGAGGCUAUUGUAAAGAAAUGUUUUCGGAUAACGGGACGAAUUUCGUUGGUGCAGAAAGGGAACUCCGUGAGAAAUAUCAAGAGUGCAUGCAAGACUCCCAACUUCAAUCGUUUUGUGCAGACUCUGCUAUUGAGUGGCGAUUCAAUCCACCGUCCGCACCUCACAUGGGAGGAUAUUGGGAAACUGGAAUCAAACGCAUAAAAUAUCAUCUAAAACGCUCCCUCGGAGAAAUUCUUUUAAGCUAUGAGGAGUUUAGUACGCUCUUAACGGAGGUGGAAGCUUGUGUCAAUUCCCGCCCAUUAUGCGACAUUUCGACGGAUGCAGGCGACUUAUCGAUUUUAACGCCUGGCCAUUUUCUGGUAGGCAAACCAUUGCGGGCAAUUCCAGAACCUGAGGGUCAAGGCUUUUCUGGAACCCUGCAACAAAGGUGGCAGUUGGUCUCUUCUAUUCGUCAACACUUUUGGCGCCGUUGGAGAGACGAAUACCUCGUAAGCUUGCAACGACGUGCUAAGUGGUUUCGUCCAUCACGAAAUUUUCAAGAAGGAGACGUCGUCGCUGUCUUUAAUGAAUCUUCUCCUCCAACAAAGUGGACACUCGCAGAGUAA